GAUGAUGCGGCCGCUAUAAACAAUGUACGUACGGUAUGGAUAGGCGCGCGUUUAGGAAGCUUUGUGACAUGAUUUCUACACAUGGGAAGUUAAGGGAGUUGUCAAAUGUAGGAAUCGAUGAGAUGGUAGCGUCUUUCCUAAAUAUACUUGCACAUGAUGAGAAUGAUGGAGUUGUAGGACGACAAUUAGAUUCGUGCAGUGAUAGUAGUAGUAGUGGUAGUUAUAGUGGUGUUAUGCACUUCAAUGCUGUGUUGUGUGCUGUACUUCGUCUUCAUGACAUCCUUUGUAAGAAACCGGAGCCUAUACGAGAGAAUUGUAGUGAUGAGAAUUGGAAGUGGUUUAAGAAUUGCCUAGGUGCAUUAGAUAGGGCCUACAUUCAGGUGACUGUACCGGUUGAAGAUUGGCCUAGGUAUCGAACUAGGAGCAAUGAAAUAGCCACCACUGUGCUAGGAGUAUGUUCACAUGAUAUGCAGUUUAUUUAUGUGUUGGCUGGUUGGGAGGGUUCAGCUGCAGAUUAUAGAGUUUUGAGAAAUGCCAUUUCUAGAAAAAAUGGACUGAAAGUCCCUAAAGGUUACUACUACUUGUGCAAUGCUUAUUACAACAAUUGUGAGGGAUUCCUUGCGCCUUAUAGAGGACAGCAGUACAAUUCAAAUUAUUGGAGGCAAGACCGCCAACCGACUACCCCUCAAGAGUUUUUUAAUAUGAAGCAUUCUUCUGCUAGGAAUGUAAUUGAGAGAGCCUUUGAUCUACUCAAAGGAAGAUGGAGAAUACUUGGGAGUAGAAUCAGUAGAUCCAGUUAUUCAAUUGAGAUUCAAGUUAGGAUCAUAUUAGCUUGCUCUUUACUACAUAACCAUAUCAUAAGGGAGAUGCCAGUGGACUCCCAAGUGAGCAUCCCCUUUUCUAACAUCUCAGAGGGUCAAGAGUUAGAAGGUGAUCAUAUAACAGAUUUGGAGUCAUCAGAUGCAUGGAAUGAAUGGAGAGAUAACUUAGCAAGGGAGACGUUUGACCAUUGGAGAGCCUCUAGGCAUGAAAGUUGA